AGAGAAUAAUCCGAUGGAGAAAAGCAGAAAAGAGAAGAGGAAAGAAAUAAAGAAGAUGAAGAGAAAGCAGUUGAGGAAGGAGGCAGUGGAGAAGGAGUGGGAGGCGGAAGAGGACAGGCUUAACGGCCACGAGGAGCAAAGGAGGAUUGAGAGAGAGGAGGAGGAGGAGGAGGAGGAGCGAAAGAGGAGAGAGUUAGCGUUGAAGGAGUUCGAAGAGAGGGAGAGAGCGUGGAUUCACGCUAUGGAGAUAAAGAGGAAAGCCCUAGAAGAUGAGGAAGAAGUGGAGAAGAAAAGGAAUCAUCUAAAGGAGGAUGCCAACAGAGAACAGGAAGAGAUGGGUGAUGAUUGGGAAUAUGUAGAAGAAGGGCCAGCUGAAAUUAUCUGGCAAGGAAACGAGAUCUUUGUCAGGAAGAAGAAAGUUAUGGUUCCAAAAGGAGAAGCAAAUGAAAAGAGUAAAGAAGAGGAUGCUGAUAGGCCUACAUCAAAUCCUCUUCCUCCACAAUCUGAGGCUUUUGCUGACUACCUCAAUGCAUCGUUGGCACAAUAG